AAAGGGUCCUCGUGGUUUUAAAGCAAGCCAGAAAAGGCUUCCUGCAGUUUCUCUUCUAGUCGCACACAUUUGAUUUCAAGGCAGUUAUAUGUAUUUAAUGUAAGCACCUUUUGUUAUCGAAUAAUUACACUGACGGUUUUUUUUUGUUCCUGAAUUACACAAUUUGUCCACAAUUAGCUGGUCUAGCUGAUAGCAACUAGGUACAGAUCUGAUCCAUGAUGUAAACAAAUGAUCUACAAUUAGCAACCAAAUAUGAUGGACGCUUAUCCUGGAGUAUCUGGCAGUGAUACUACAAAACAGCAAGAGAGGCACUAUUACCUCCUGUCUGAACUGCAAACGUUAGUCAAAGAUCUACCCAGUUCCUUCCAACAGCGUUUGUCCUACAACACCCUCAGUGACCUGGCCUUGGCUCUGAUCGAUGGGACUGUGUAUGAAAUAGUGCAGGGACUCUUGGAUAUUCAACAUUUGACAGAGAAAAAUCUCUACAACCAAAGGCAGAAGCUACACUGUGAACACCAAGCACUUAAACAAGAGCUUGUAAGGAAGCACAAAGAUGCUCUGCAGACAUGCAAGUCACACAACCUGGCUCUUCUAAAGUCUAACCAGCAAGCAGAGCUAGAGGCUUUGGAAGUUCGUGUUCGAGAAGAACAAAGGAUGAUGGAUAAAAAGAUUGUAGCAGAAAUGGAUCAAAAAGUAGUAGACCAACAAAACACUCUUGAGAAGGCUGGAGUGCCUGGGUUUUAUGUCACUGUUAAUCCUCAGGAGCUGACAAUGCAGAUGAAUCUUCUUGAGCUUAUCCUGAAACUUCAACAAAAGGAGUCUCAAUCAGGAAUAAUUUGAGUCCAUCAUAAAUGUGGCAAUUUGGCAAAACUCUGUCCAAAGUUUUGAUUGACAUUAGUGACCUAUAAAGAAUUUGACAGGUGGUGGUACGUGGUGCAUAUGCAUACAGGGCAUCUAGAAAGAAAUGAUAAAAUUAAACGUAACUUUCACAAGUUAA